AUGGUUGCGGAGGCGAAGCAGAACGGCGUGGCCACCAUGGCGGGCAGCAAGGUGCAGCUGAUGUCGGUGAAGCGCGGCGAGCCGACGCUGGUGUCGCCGGCGGAGGCCACGCCGACGGGGGAGCAGUACUACCUGUCCAACCUGGACCAGAACAUCGCGGUGAUCGUGCAGACCGUGUACUGCUUCAAGUGCCCAUCGGGCCGCGGCAACGAAGGUGCCGCGGACGCGCUCCGGGCCGCGCUGGCUCGCGUGCUCGUCCACUACCACCCGCUCGCCGGCCGCCUCGGCAUCAGCCCGGAGAUGAAGCUCAUCGGGGACCUCUCCACCCCGGACCCCGCCGCGCUGGGCCAGCUCGUGUACUCCGUCCCCGGCGCCAAGAGCAUCCUCGAGAUGCCGCCCAUGACGGCGCAGGUGACCAGGUUUGAAUGUGGCGGCUUCAGCAUCGGGUUGGCCAUGAACCACUGCAUGUUCGACGGUCUGGGCGCCAUGGAGUUCGUCAACUCCUGGGCCGAGAUGGCGCGCGGCGCCACGGAGCUCACCGUGCCACCGUUCCUCGACCGCUCCGUGCUCCGCGCGCGCGACCCUCCGGUGAUCUCCAACCCGCACCACGAGUUCGAGGAGAUCGCUGACGUCUCGGAAAUGGCGGCGCUCUACGGCGGCCAGGAGCUGGUGUACCGCUCCUUCUGCUUCGACCCGGACAGGCUUGAGCGCGUCCGCGGCCUCGCCCUCGCCGACGGGGAUCUCGAGCGCUGCACCACCUUCGAGGCGCUCUCCGGCCUCGUCUGGCGCGCUCGCACCCGCGCGCUGGGGCUCGCGCCGGAGCAGCAGACGAAGCUGCUGUUCGCCGUGGACGGGCGCCGCCGCUUCGUGCCUCCGCUCCCAAAGGGGUACUUCGGGAACGGCAUCGUGCUGACCAACGCCCUAGCGACGGCGGGGGAUCUGCUGUCGGCGCCGGUGUCGCGCGCGGCCGGGAAGGUGCAGGAGGCCGUGCGGAUGGUGACGGACGAGUAUAUGCGGUCGGCGGUGGACUAUUUUGAGGCGACGCGCUCGCGGCCAUCGCUGGCGUCGACGCUGCUCAUCACCACGUGGUCGCGGCUCGCGUUCAACGGCGCCGACUUCGGCUGGGGCGAGCCGACCAUGUCCGGGCCAGUCACGCUGCCGGAGAAGGAGGUCAUACUCUUCCUCGCGCACGGCAAGGAGAGGAAGAGCAUCAACGUGCUGCUCGGCCUGCCGGCGUCCGCCAUGGACACUUUCCAAGAGCUCAUGGACGAGAUAUGA